AUGAAACGAUGCAACAGUGAGUCUGAAACUGAGUUCGAUUCUUUAAAGAGUGAGAACCCGCUCCUUCAUUCACCGUCUCUGAAGAGCUGGAACAUAAUGAAAAACACUCCCGUUGUGCCUCCUUUUUCCUCUGCCAUGACUAUGGCAAUGAAGGAACAUUGCGGUGCCUCAACCGCAACCUCUGCAGCCAAUGAACGGCAAUAUAAGGAACUAAACGUAGAUUUCAACGAUAAGUAUUUCGGGGAAGUGACUCGUUCAGGUUCCAUUGAGGUGCCUCAUGGAAACGGGAGGCUGUUUUCGGGGGAGGGGAAACAUUUUUAUGAAGGUGGUUUCGUUAACCGCUGCCGUGACGGGUACGGUGUGCUGAAUACGGAGCGAUAUGCAUUAUGGUGUAAGUGGAAAAUGAACCGUCCCGACCUCACGAGUCAGUCCCGUGUUGAUUACCGUGAUGGCACAAGGUACAACGGUUUUUUGUCCGCUCAUCAAAAUAACAGUGCGGCCGCAAAUAUUCCCUCCUCCUUGCGGUGCCGUUUGUCGAAGUUUUCCAUUUGGGUUCACAGCCUGACUUUAGUGCGUGAACGUUGGGGAGAAAUUGUCCAUAGCGGGGGUGACCGUUACUUUGGUCAAUGGGACAACGACAUGCCGUCGGGUUUCGGUUGUUAUGUGACAAAAUAUGGCGACCGCUAUAUUGGAUUGUUUCAACGAGGUAGGUUCCAUGACACUGGCACGCUUUUUGUGCACGCAUGCAGGUGGGGAAAUAGGGCUAGUAAAAUUCCCGAUGGUGUGGGCUUUUUGUAUCAGCAGGAACAGGUGGAAAAUCAACACGUCGAGGCUGCGGAGGCGGCUAAACAGAGAAUAGAGGAUCGUUUUAAAAAUACUUUCACCGAAUCCUGCGGUUGUAGCGGCGCGGACUAUGAAAUAAGUGGUCACAAGCGCCAGGGACCACCACGGGGUUGGGAUGGCGUUAUAUUUGACGGUGUGUGGGAAAUGGGCCGUUUCCUGGGCGAGGGACAUGUGACGCUUCCAUGUGGAUCUCGCAUAACAGCUGAGUGGAAGAAUCUAUUCUCCCCCACGCAAGGGCGUGUGUUCAUGGCAUCCUCCAACGACAAUAAAGCGAGUGGUCGGCAAGAUAUGGAUACGCGCGGUUGGUUCCAAUGCUUUCAUUGGGAAUCGCUGCUCUCAGGACUCACUGACGAGUCAAAGGAGCAGAAAUAUGCCGCGUGUGCUUCUUUCCGUGAGCGACUGGGUCUCGCAACCACGGAAGAGGAGGAGCAGGUGGUUCUUGCCGACUUCUGCAGCAAUGAGGAUGCAAUAAGAAACGCCCUAAAAGUUUUUCAACGUUGCUUUUACUUUCUUCAUGGGUCGUGUGGGAGCAGCAGUGAAAUAGGAUCUGGCUGGGGGUCGAACCCACUCGGUUGGUGUUAUGUACGUAACUCAUACGGCGGCUGUAUCCACAACAUAAAGGGGCGACGGAUAACGGCAUGUGAUGUGGACCUUGCGCUUACCGACAUUAUUUCAUUUGUCCGCUCAACAGAGCGGUGGGUAGUGGAAAUGUUAGGCGACUCUUCAUUGUCGAGUCCAAGUUCGCAUUUAUUCGUCAUGCGGAAGCUACUUGACUUAACGCUUCGCAGCGUCUACAAUGUGCUGUUCAACCUUUAUGUUCAUGCGUAUGAUGUGGAGGACAUUGCGCUUACUCAGGCGUUGGAAAGAGUGCGUGAACAUACCACACUUGACGACCUCGGAGUGAGUUUCGCGCGGCAGCAAAGUUCGGAAGAGCUCUUCGACCCGUACGCCGACGCUGUCAACCGGAUUGAGCGUCUAGCCCGUGGUGUGUGGACGUAUGGAAGCAAACUCAAGAUUCUUGCACAGUGGUCUAUGGAAAUUGACCUUUCCACACGUCUGGCACGUGUAACUCUUGAUGAUGGGCCUCUGGCACUGUUGCCCAAAAGGAAUGCGCAACCAGCGUCUGGCUCCGCUGACGAUCUUAUUCCCAUUCACCAAUUUGUGUUGAUGAAAGCAAAAGUGGACCACUUAUACGUGCACACGAAGUUGCUGGUGGACCUUAGUAGUGAGGACGUGUUCAUGGAGUUUACGUCGCAGGAGAACUUCUUUGUUAUCACGUUUCAGGCAUGUACCAUGAUAUUAUCGAAGUUUCACCCCCUGCUUCGUGAUGAGUCACAUGUGUUAGCACCACCUUCUCUGUUUGAGGAACGGCUGCGUUCUGGCGUGCAUUCUAUUAGACGACUAGCCGAAACAUUUAUUGCUCAGCUGUUGAAGUCGCAUGGUGUAUUUGAGGGGGAGGAAUCGCGGGAAUUCUCUGCUGAGGAAUUUGGGGCUGUGGCUCUUGGCUACAUCAAGGCGUGGUUAGCUGAAGCCGUUGACAUGGCAGCGACGCACGGGGGCACCGCAGUUGCCAGUGGAAGUGAUCAAAUCCUUCCCGUAGCUGAAUUAUUGCAAAUGGAGGAGACUCGUCAGUUGGCCCUUCUGAGCGAGCCGAACUUUCCGCGAGUGUUGGCACUUUUCUGUUGGCUUGCAGUUGCAAACGUCCUCUCGGUGCUUCACAUUCACCUUGGUGUAAUGGCGGCAAAUGGUGAUGACUUGCUAAAUGUCGAUACCGACCCGGCUAAGCUUCUAGACGACUAUGUUGCAUGGCGCAACGUAUGUGGUGGAGAUGUUUCAUCCCUCGUAUUGCUCUUGGGCAAAGGUGCACCACGGCCUCUUUUCCUACGGCGAGCUGCGGCAUUUAUUGCAUCUAUUUUAUAA